AUGGACUCGGUCAAAGGAAAGGUGGGAACAUUAACUUCAGAUAUUGCCACUGGCUGUGGAUAUGAAGCUAGCUCCCAUCCCCUCGUCAAUGAGAUCGACAUGUUCAAGGAGAGCUUCAUGUCUCGUCUGAAGGUUUGA